AUGAUAAUUCUAAAAAUCACAUCAGCUUAUAUCUACUCUGAUACUGGAGUGUUUAAUGGCUUUGCAACUGCUUCAGAUUCAACUUUCAUUUGCAAUUUUGGUUUUUCUAGAACAGCCACUAUAUCAUACUCGAAUUAAUUUGAAAGAAUUCCUUAAGUGUUUUUUGUACAUGAAUAUCUUGAGUAAGAGAAAGCUGACAUGGGGUUUAGAUUAUCGAUAACAACAAUAACUUAAACAGAUUUCACUUUAGAAAUUAGUUGUCAUAAAUAGAGGUAAUACACACUGAGGAUAAGAUGGUUUGCUAUUGAUGAUUAACUAACUUCAAUAUGGAUGUUCCAGAUGACAAGACAUUUCCAAUUAAAAAUCCAAAUGCCUAAACUGGUUUUGUGGCAAUCACAAGUAUGCGUUAUUUAGAAGCAAUCGAUUUUCUAUUAUCUGUAAUUAUUGGUCAUUUAUUCUUUGAUAAGCGAAAUAAAAACUAAUUCUGUUACUGUUAGUAUAACUAAAAUUGCAGGAAAGUUUACUAAUCUGAAAUAAAUUGGGUAUUUUGUAGUCGUUGGAAUAUAAGAUGCAUUUAUAAAUCUAGGAUUAAAGACAGCAACAGGAGCAUUUAGCAGUGGCACUAUUCCAAUAGAGCCAAAUCGAUGGUUUGCUAUAGCUUUAUAAGGUCUGGCUUUUCCAAAUACCAAAAAUCUAAGAAUAAGAGCAACAUAUAGUAACACAGCAACAACAAUAUCAUAUACUUGGGGGACAUGGUAUGAGAUUGAAACUCCUAAUAGUCAUUCAUAGAUUUGGAUUGCGUAUUAAUUUACAACCAUAUUCAAACCAUUAGAAUGUUUUAGUAUAAGAAUAAGCAGAAAAUAAGUUCUCGAUUUAUUAACAUUGCCUACGUUGUAUUUAGAAUUACUUUAAACUAACUAAAUAUACACUGCAAUUGGAAACUAUGAAUAUUUAGUUGAUAAAACAAUCACCCCACUUAAAAUGAAUAUCUAAAUUAAAUGCCAAAAUGGAAUGAAGGUUUAAGCAGAUUUUAAUAAAUGCAAUGCUUGUAAUACAAAAAAGACUCACUCUUUUACUUAUAAUUGCUUCAAUUAAAUGAAUUAUAUUGGAUUCUUUCCUCUUUUUUAAUAAGCAUUUCCACAAUAUAAUUCCUUAAAAAUAAAGUUGCAAUCCACUACACUUGAAAUUAGCCAAGUUGUUUACGAUUAAAGUCUUACAGAAUCUACAAUAGUCAAAAUUUAAAUAUUAAAUUAAUGA